UACGCAAGCUUUGAACGCGUUACUAUAGCUACGUGAAAAAAGCGGGCUAACUUGCUACACGUUAUUUAGCUACGUUAAAAAAAAAAAAAGCCGCUCGAAUAAGCCAAAGUUUCCCAAAAAAGAAACAACCGUUAACUUGUUGCUCCCGUCGAUACUAGGAAGUUAACUCACCGCACAACUUCCCCGGAUGAAUGAGUCAAAGGCCUGUUCGGGUUGCUAGCGGUUCGGGUUGCUAGCGUUAGCUGAGCGCGCUAGGAGCGUGUUGUUUACUCUAACUCUGACUUUAUUCUGCUAAAACAAAAUGUUUGGUUCUUCAAGAUCUGGGGGCCUACGCGGAGGCCAGGACCAAUUCAACUGGGAUGACGUAAAAGUCGAUAAACACAGAGAGAAUUAUCUGGGAAACUCUUUGAUGGCCCCGGUUGGACGAUGGCAGAAAGGCAAAGAUCUGACAUGGUAUGCAAAAGACAAAAAAUCUGGCAAAGCUUUGUCCAAAGAGGAAGAACUUGCUGCUGUGAAAGCCGCCGAAGAAGAGGCUCUGAUGGCUGCCCUAGGACACAAGAUUAUAAAGAGGCAACCAACUGGCCUUACCAAAGAGGAUCUCGUGGAGGUUUGUCGAAGGGAAGAGGCUGAUGGUGAAGAGAGGAGUGUGGAUCGUAUAUCAGGCUUGGGAAGCUCCAGUGUGGGGUCACGGAAAAUGUUGCUGUCCCAGAAAGAGAAAGAAGCGGCUAAAAUGGGUCUGCCGAUUUUUACGCAUCACAAGACUGAAAGUCGUCAAGAAACACCAGCAACAAUAUCAGCUGAGAGCGCUGCAAAAGAAGAAGAGACAGAACAAGGUAUACAUGAGAGUAAAAAGAAAAAGAAAGAAAAGAAGAACAAAAAGGAGAAAAAGAAGAAGGAAAAAAAGAGGAAAAGGAAAAGACAAGAUUCAUCGUCCUCCUCAUCCUCCGAUGAUAGAAAAAGACACAGAAAGGACCACCAUCAUCAUAAUCCAUCAUACCAUAGUCAGAGUGGAGCCAGACCCCAUGACAGCCAUUCAAGGGAGGGAGCAAAGGCCGAGCGACAGCCUUCCCGCCCCCAUCAUCGACGGCAUAGGCAUGACACAGACACUUCUGACAGGGGGUCUCCUGCCCGCAGUAACUCUGCCUUCCAUAAGAAAGCCCCUGCUGGUGCCACACAAAGCCAGAGAAGACGCCACGACACAGACUCGGACGACUAAUGUCCCGCGCUCCCCCCCCACCUGACCCAGAGAUGCAUAGUGCACACGCUGCGUUCUGGGACCUCCUGUGUGAUGCGUUUCAGAUUUAUGUUUUAUUUGACACUAUGAGUAAUUUCAAAGGCAUGAUUGUGUCUAUUUUUCUGCUGAUAUUUGGUUAAAAGCCCUUUUUAUAUCCAAGAUCAUUUGUGAUCAAAUGGAUCCACUUGUUUUGCUUGUUUAAAUCCCUUUGGCUUUUGUUUUAUUUUUGGAAGAGCGGAUGCCAUUAGUAGGGGGGAAAAAAGCUUUGUAGAACAGAUUAUUUUUCUUAAACAUGAAACUGCACUUCUUAUUGAAACAUUUUAAAUUUGAACGUCCAGUUUUAGCCAUAAUAAAGCAGGAUAGAUUCAAAUUAAUUCUAUUUUCUUAGCAGAAAUGUUUCAGGCUGAUACGUCUUGAAGCAGGAUACUACUGUUUGCCUCAAAUUGAUCUGAAAGGGGAUAUUCUGCUGGCUAGUACCUAAUAAGGUCUCACUCACAAAAUAAUUCUCCAAGAUGUUCAUUAAGAAGAGUGGCAAAUACCAGACUGGUCUUUUUUUUUUUUUAUGACCAAGUACUGUUAUGCUGCCACACACAAACCAAACUGAAGAAGCAGCAGGAGCAGAGGCCAGACAAAGCCACCCUAUGAGGGACUCCAGGCCUGAACUACUUCCCCUUCUACAAUUACCACACUCCCCAGCAAGUUUUAUAGGCUCGGCUGCAUUAUCCAUGGCAGCCUAAUCAACCUGCAAGAAUGCUCUCCUAGACUUGCCACCCUUAGACAAAGUGAAGUAGGAUAUGUUCUUCACAUUACUGCUUUAACCUCAGCAGUGGGUGAUCACUUAAGAGAAUCAUAUUUCUUCUUGGGUCAGUUAGUAACUAUUUUUUCCCUUAGUAACUCAAAACGUAAACAUGAUCAAAACAGUUAAAAUAGUCAGACCUACUUGUUUUGUACAGUAAUCUGCCCUCAAAAUUACAAUUACAAGUUAUCUGGAGGGUGGCUGCAAGCUAUACAUGUGAAAAAAAAAAUUUCUAAACGUGACCAUCAAAAUCAGGUAUGAGAUGGCAUGUCAACCAAAUAAUCAUGUGUGGUAACGGAUAGCAAUUCUUCAUUAGGCUCAUGAUUGUUCUCUAUGGAUUAAACCAUUCUCUUGUAUCUGGGAUUGUUGUUCUGCUGAAAGACUAUUUUUCAACCCGUGUUGGUUCCUUUAAGCUAGAUGCCCAUGCCUCAGCAGGCUGAGGUUGUCUUGCUCUAUGUUGCAGAUGUUCAUGAUGCUUUUGCCUCCAAAUAAGAAACAAACUUAUGAGUCAGGGGAAUCAUAGCAAUUAACUCUUUUCUAUCAAAUCCGAUUUUAGAUUAAAAAGAAAAAUGAUCUUUUCCAUGUGGUGUAUUUUGUAAUCCCAAAUAUUCAAUACAUACAUGAAGUAUGUAGCUGCAAAAUGUAAUAAAGAUCAAAGCUUAAAAGUUUUGGUAGUGAAUUUUAGAUUUAAAUACCUAAAACAUGAGGUGAGAAAAGGUGUUUUUAAAUAAGCCAAGAAAUGUCUUAAAGCUUUGUUACAUUAGACAGAGCCAACUUUAUGUAAUCCAUUUAACCAACUAAAGUAAAGCUUUAUUUUCCUGAAAGUUUUGUCAAUUUCAAAGAGGGGGACUAUUUAAACAAAGUUCUUAAAAUG